AUCGUAUCCUUCUCGCCCAGGCUUCCUUCGCUGAGUCGAGUCUUCUUUUAGUGUUCAGCCUGGUUUUAUACCUCGCACGACCAUUUAUCUCUCAGUGCGUCGCAUCCUGGUCACUGUGUGCGUUAUCGUUUGGUGCAAAGGCGGACCCUCACGAGUCCGUGCUGGACAGUCUCCAGUCUCCAGUCUCCAGGCGAAGUUGCGGUUGCAGUUGUCCUUGGCAGGAGCUCCGACCCAAACUUUCCCGACAACAACUGACCGUUCUUGUCGACGUUCGCCCCGAAUUUCUUAUCUUCACUGCGGAUGACUGCUGUUCUUGCUUGAGGCCGCAAUCAAUUCACCGCCGUUGCGGAGGUGAAACGCCUCGAAUCAAGCCCCAACUCCUCCUUCCUUACGAGAUCCCUCUUUCGACGGUUAUUCUUUCGCCCUUCUGCAUAACCUAUUCCCCUAUUUGGGCGACGGAAACAUGGCUUCCUCGUCGUCCAAUGUUGUCGGAGUGCACUAUCGCGUAGGGAAAAAGAUAGGAGAGGGAUCAUUCGGUGUUAUUUUCGAGGGCACCAAUCUGCUCAACAAUCAACAAGUAGCUAUCAAAUUUGAACCGAGAAAAAGUGAUGCUCCACAGCUACGAGAUGAAUACCGAACCUACAAAAUUUUGGUCGGCUGUCCCGGAAUUCCCAACGUUUAUUAUUUUGGACAAGAGGGUCUGCACAACAUCCUGGUGAUUGACCUGCUUGGCCCUAGUCUGGAGGACCUCUUCGACCAUUGCAACAGACGAUUCUCGAUCAAGACGGUUGUUAUGGUUGCGAAGCAGAUGCUUUCCAGAGUUCAGACAAUACACGAGAAGAACCUCAUCUAUCGUGAUAUCAAGCCUGACAACUUUCUGAUCGGCAGGCCCGGUACGAAAGCAGCAAAUGUUAUUCAUGUUGUCGAUUUCGGGAUGGCCAAACAAUAUCGAGACCCCAAAACCAAACAGCACAUUCCUUAUCGCGAACGCAAAUCUCUGUCAGGUACGGCACGUUAUAUGAGUAUCAACACCCAUUUGGGACGAGAACAGUCGCGUCGUGAUGAUUUGGAGGCCCUUGGACAUGUUUUCAUGUACUUCUUGAGAGGUGGACUCCCGUGGCAAGGACUGAAGGCAGCAACCAACAAGCAGAAGUAUGAAAAGAUUGGAGAGAAAAAACAAACCACCGCCAUCAAAGAUCUUUGCGAAGGCUUUCCCGAGGAAUUCAACAAAUAUCUCAGUUACGUGCGCAAUCUCGGAUUCGAGGACACCCCAGAUUAUGACUUUUUACGAGAUCUGUUCACCCAAGCGCUGAAGAACACGGGUGAAGUGGAAGACGGCGAGUACGACUGGAUGAAAUUGAAUGGCGGACGUGGAUGGGAAGCCAUGAAAGCACAUCCUUCUGCUGCCCAUCUGCAUAACGUUAAUGCUCCAGCUGAUGCAUCAGCACGCGCCUUGCACGGCGCUUCUGCUAUGCGCCAGGACGGUGGACAACGGCCGUCGCGUGAUCGAGCAGCAAUCUCGGCCGAUCGUUUAAACGCAGCGCAGCCCCCGCCCCCAGGGUCGCCGGCAAAACCAGGAGUGGCAGCCAUGGGGAAGAGCGCUCGAGAUCGCACAAGCGGCGCCGCCGGGGGCAAUCUACCAAAGAGGAGUAGUGGUUUAGCUGGCCAGCUUGAUAUGAACACGCCUCCCGCAAGCACUCAGGCACAAUUCCAGAAUAGCAAUGCCAACCUGGUGGGUUCGCAGCCGCGAACAAGUCCAGCGGCCGGUGCUCUGCAAAGCAGCCAGGGGCGACCAAAUCAGCAACAAGACCAACAACCGGGUUUCUUCCAGAAGAUGAUGAAAGUGCUGUGUUGCGGUAUGUAAAGCAAGACGACACUAGCGGCAAGCCCUGUACUAACGCCGUUUUCCAGGCUGAGUGUCUAUUGCAUUCACACAUCUGCAAGUUCGAUCGCGUCUCAUCCAGUCACUUUGAAGGAGCUGGAUAUACAGACGAAAUGCUUCGGCUUCCUGUCCCAACGAGCCGCUAUUACGACCUUUCUGCAUACAACCCACGCCAUAGCGCGAUUCUUCUGCCAACAGAUUAAUCUUCAUUAUUUGGUUUCAUUCGCUGUGGUCCGCCCAGCUAGGGACAAGCCGUCAAUAUUGAUGUCGAGGAUCACGAGCGUGGGAGCAGUUCAAUACCUUUGACGAAUCACGAUCACUUUCUUUACGAUGAACCGACACCGUUUGCGCUGUUUCCUUAUUGUGCAAGGGCAGCGGGAGGAUAUUAUACGGACAGAUUUGCAGCUGGGAGCACGGAGUUGCAAGUUGGGAUUGCGUAUGCACGAAAAGAAAAGGUUACAAAAAGGGCUGUAAGGCUCCUACUCAGGCACAGAAAUUCUGAAAAAAGGCACGAUUUAUUUCGUUUUGGUUUUUGGAGCCAAAAGAGUCCUUUUACUGCUGUGGUAUGUAAAAUAGAUCAAAGCACAGCAAAGGCCAGGGAGAGGUAGUUACAUGGAGGGAAGUGGUAAUGAGAAUCAAACAAUUCGAAAACGAA